AUGCAAUUCCGAAAACACAGCGCAGACUUGUAUUUUGAAACUUGCGUUGCACCCCAUGAAGCAGGCGUUGAGUUUGGGUUUCUUGCGGCUGCGUACUCUCCUCCGUCGACGCCAAUUCAUCAUGAUGUACUGUACAUCGUGUACCACUACAAUGCCUACAUGCUCAAGAACCCAAGCGAGCGCAAGUCGAUCCUCACAGGUCGCAUGUGGGUUGAAGAGAUCGUUCGCGGCAACCCGCACUUGGGAGUUGAGAAUUUUAGAAUAACAAUCGUCUGCUUUCAACGACUUGUCCGCCGAAUGGAGGACGUUGGUGGACUGCGAAGUACUGUCCGCAUCCCGACGACAGAUCAAGUGGCAAUGCUUUUGUACUUUGCCGGCCAUCAUGUGUCCAGUCCAGCUCUGCAGGAGCGAUUUCAGCACUCGGGCGAGUCCAUCUCACGACACCUUCGAGCUGUGUUGGCUGCACUUCGAAGAUGUGUCCAAUUUACAUUCGGUUGCCUCGGCAAGACGCACCGGCGACGGACCAAAUACGUCUAA